UAUACUUAAAAAGAGUUUUUCUUUUUCCAACUCAUCCCUUUCUAGCACUCUAAUAAACUCUCCAAGUACUAUCCAAGACUCCUCUCAAACUCAUUUUCACAAACUUUUCCAACUCUUGUCAUCCAUUUUCACCUCAUAUUAAAAGCUUCAUUUUGUCAUAGUUUCAAAAACUUAAUUUAUUUUUUUUCAGUAAAAGAUGGAGAAUGAGAAAGAGCUGCCACCACUAGUGGAAGCGCCGCCGGUGGCGGUGGUGAUGGUGAGGGAAAACCACUCAACACAUACAUCUAUAGAAACACUGUUAGUUGUAUUAGCAGUGAUAACAAUACUUGGUGUUAUUGCUGGUAUAAUUGCUAGGUUAUGUGGUGGUAGACAUUUUAGUGGUUCAGGUGAAGAUGAUAUUGAAGGUUGGGUUGAAAGGAAAUGCAGAAGUUGUAUUGAUGGUGGUGUUUCAACUGCGCCACCACCUCCGCCGCCGCCUCCGCCACCACAAGAAGAAGCUAAACCAGCAGCAGCAGCAGCAGAAGCUACUACUACAACAGCAGCAGAAGAAGCAAAGAAGUAAGAGAAAUAGGAAAUAGUUGUAGUAAUAUAAUUCCAUUUUAGGGUAGCUGUAACUAGUAACUAUUCUUCAGGCUUCUCUCUUUUUCUUUCUUUUUAAGAACUGUCUUAUUUUGAUCCGUUUGUGUGCAUCUCAAUUAUUUAGUCCAAUACUUGUUUUCUUUGUAUCUUAAACAGAUAGGAAGAAAUCAUCUAUCAUUUUUUUUUUUAAAUUUUUUGGUUUGUGUUUUGAGGGGUGGUGGGGUGGGAGGUUUCUAACCAGGUAGAUUAAAGUUGUUGACUAUAAGUUUCUUUUUUCUUUCCCUCCAUGCGAAGUGAAAACAAAUUUCACUUUUUUGUUUUUGUUUUUUUGUUAGGAUUGUAUUGUCUACUGAAAGGAUUUAUGAUAUUUAGUGUUAGUAGGAGUGAUAUUCACUUUUUUUU